AUGAACCGUUUGGUCAGCCGUACUCUUCUGAACCCAGGCCGUAGCCUGCUCCAGACCCAAAAGAACUCCUAUUCAUCAGCCGUCUCUCAACAAGACAUUGAUAAUGAGCCAAGAUUCCUCGAGUGUUUCAAGUCCUUCUUUGACAAGGCUGCCGGACUCACCAAUAUGAAGCCAGGCGCACUCAACAAUAUGAAGGAGUGCCAUGUUGUGCUUCGUGUCGAGUUCCCAAUCAAGAAUGAGCACGGAGAUGUCGACAUCAUCACCGGUUACCGUGCCCAACACAGCCACCACCGUCUGCCAUGCAAGGGUGGCAUUCGUUACUCGGACGAGGUCGACCUGCAGGAGGUCAUGGCCUUGGCCUCACUGAUGACCUACAAGUGCGCUGUCGUCGACGUGCCCUUUGGAGGCGCCAAGGGAGGUGUCCGCAUCGACCCAAAGAAGUACACUCUGGCCCAGCGCGAGAAGAUCACCCGUUCGUACACUCUGUCCCUGUGUCAGAAGAACUUCAUUGGACCAGGUAUCGACGUGCCAGCCCCAGACAUGGGCACAGGCGAGCAGGAGAUGGCCUGGAUUCGUGACACCUACCAGGCGUUCAACACCAACGACGUCGACUCAAUGGCGUGCGUCACCGGUAAGCCAAUCAGCUCCGGAGGUAUCCGUGGCCGUACCGAGGCCACCGGUUUGGGAGUGUUCUACGGUGUGCGCGAGUUCUUGUCCUACGAGGAAGUGCUCCAGAAGACUGGCUUGACACCAGGCAUCAAGGGCAAGAAGAUCGUCAUCCAGGGCUUUGGUAACGUCGGCUACUGGGCCGCCAAGUUCUUCGAGCAGGCUGGCGCCAAGAUCGUCGCCGUCGCCGAGCACAACGGCGCCGUCUACAACCCCGACGGACUGAAUGUCGACGCAUUGAACAAGUACAAGCUGCAGAAGGGCACCUUCAUCGACUUCCCAGGCGCCACCAACAUCGUCGACUCGGUCAAGGCCCUCGAGCUGCCAUGCGACAUCCUGAUCCCAGCUGCCCUCGAGAAGCAGAUCACCAUUGGCAACUGCCACAACAUCCAAGCCAAGAUCAUUGGAGAGGCUGCCAACGGCCCAAUGACCCCACGCGCCCACGACUACCUCGUCCAGCGCGGCGCCGUCAUCAUCCCCGACCUGCUGCUCAACGCCGGUGGUGUCACCGUGUCCUACUUUGAGUGGUUGAAGAACUUGUCUCACGUCCGUUUCGGCCGUCUCAACAAGAAGUGGGAGGAGUCCAGCAAGAGACUGCUUCUCGAGUUUGUCGAGUCCACCGUCAACAAGAAGCUGAGCGAGACUGAGCGCAACCUGGUCAUCCACGGCGCUGACGAGAUCGACAUUGUCCGCUCCGGUCUGGACGACACCAUGACCAACGCCUGUGCCGAGACCCGCAAGACCGCCAUGGAGAAGAACACCGACUACCGUACCGCCGCCCUCUACAACGCCAUCAUGAAGAUCAAGGCUGUCUACGAGUCAUCUGGAAACAUCUUCUCUUAA